UUGUCUGUUUGGUUUUCCAAUCGAAUUCACGAAGAAUUCAAGAUCGACUAUUCAAUAUUAUUAACCGCUUGCUUUUCACCGGACUUGCGCUCUCCGACAACCGGAGAAAAGCUCCAUCUCAAAGGUCAAUCUUUUCCCCCCUCUUUCUUCUCUCUCUCUAUUGAACCGAGGUGUAGGAAACUCCGGCCGCCGGCAAAAAAAUAGAGAGCAGAUAACUUAUAGCUGAGAAAGAAGAUAAGUGACAAGGGUACUGAAAAAAUCUGAAGGAAUCAGAUGGGAAGCAGCAAUAGAAGCGGAGAACAAAGAAAGCAAAUGGCUGAACUUAGCAAAAACCUUAAAGGAGGUGAGAGGAUUCUGGAACCUACACGUAGACCUGAUGGCACUCUCCGGAAACCUAUCCGGAUUCGAGCUGGACAUGUUCCAGAAGAUGAAGUUGUCAUCUAUCAAUCCAAAGGCUCUUUGAUGAAGAAGGAGAUGGCCUCACAAGGACCUCCAGGUUAUGAACCUGAUCCAACUCCUAAACCAAAGACCAAAGCUGCUAAGAGGAACGAACGUAAGAAAGAGAAGAGAUUACAGGCUGCUGCAGAAAAAGGUAACAGCUCUGAGGAUGGAUCAAGUAAUGUAGACAAGGAAGAGGCUGUUCCCAUUGUCACUCCAAGCAGUGGACCACAAUCUGUGGAUGUAUUGGUUUCUAGUUUGGAUGCUUUGAACCUUGGUGAAGCACACAAUCAAGGAACUGCUGGAGAAGACAUUGAGAAAAGGAUACGUGCACUUAAGAAGAAAAUACGACUCACAGAAGCUCAACAGCAGAAGACUGCUCCCAAAGACCUAAAGCCUGAGCAGUUGGAGAAGUUCUCUAAGUUAGAGGAAUGGAGGCAAGAACUCAAGGCCUUGGAGGAUAAGGAGGCAUAGCUUUCUGUUGCAUCUGACAUGAAUUGUCUAGCUUUCAGACAGGGUGUAGCUUUUCUCAUGAAAAUUGUUAGAACCAAUCCAAAUUUGUAUGAAUGAAAAGGAGUGCUGUUC